CGUUCUGGUCGGGAGACGCGCUCUUGUUUACAAUCGUUCCGUCUCGUCGACGACUCGCGAAAAAUAAUAGUGCCAAGGGCCUUUGGAUGGUAGCUGAUGAUUUGCAUUUCAAUACCGUUGCCGAAGCUGUUCACCACUAUCCGAAUCACCGCGCCUUGGCGAGGAGUCCAGCCGGCAUUCCAAGCCCGUGCCGAUAACACCACGGACGUAUCGAUGAUAGCUAUCGAGUAAUUCUGCCAAACGAACGUUUGGACCAAGUUUCAUUGGUACAUGUACUCUGGCGAAGUUAGUUCGUUUGGGUAGGAGCUGGGAUCUUCGUGGUGGCCGUCCAGCAGCACCUGUACACGCAUUCUAGCUAGCCCAGCACAUCAACGCGGCCGUGCUGAACAUUCCGGAUUGCCUCCGAAGCGGAGAGCAGACCCGGAACGGCGGAGUCCGCUGUUCGACCGGGCUGAGCGACACCGGUGCUGAUCCGGCAAGAUGCCCGCCACUGACGCGCUGCAACAACAGUUGCAGCAGGCAUGCAAGGAAGGCAAUGUAGCCAAAGUGCAGGAGCUCGUACGCAUUCCCGAAAUCAAGGUGGACUUCCCAGAUCAGAAUGGAUUGACGGCGCUGCAGCAUGCACUGUUUCAUGGCUAUCACAAGGUUGCAAAGGUGCUCUUUGAAGGAAAGUCCAGCUCCAACCAUCUAGCCAAGGACGACGUUGCCCCUAUCCACACUGCUGCGCUGGGAGGGUCGGUGGAGUGCGUUCGUCUUGCUGCUCAGUACGGUGCGGAUCUCGACGCCGUAACAAAGGAGGGACUUACUGCCCUGCACUAUGCGGCAGACGGUCGGCCCGAUGUGGCACGCGAGCUACUGGACCUGAAAGCCAAGGUUGACAUCCCAACAAAGCACAUUGGAUACACGCCACUCCACAAGGCGACGUUCGGUGGUCACGUGGAGAUUGUCGAGCUGCUGCUCGACGCCAAUGCCAAUGUGCACAGUCAGAAUAUCAAUGGCAACACGGCUCUACAUGUGGCAUGUCGUGAGGGCUAUGUCAACGUAGCGCAAGUUCUGGUUGACAGCGGCGCCACACUCCAGGCAAAGAACAAGGGUGGCAAGACUCCCCGGCAGCUGGCCGAGGAAGAUCGUCAGCUGGAAGUCCUCAGCUGGGUGGACAGUCUCUCAUCAGAACAUGGACCAAUGGAACUGGUGUGUGCGAUUGAGGACUGUAUGGGUGGAGGCAUCGACAACCAUCUCUCCUUCAAAGAGGGCGACUUUAUCACCGUUGUCAAGAAGCCGUACGAAGACUGGUGGAUUGGAAAAGUUGGCGACGGGCCGGAAGGCAUGUUCUGUAUUCUGAUGGUGGAUACUCGGCCGCUAGAUCCAAGUGAGGGUAUUGUUACCCCGGACAUGGUUGCAGAGCAGGAGGCAUCGAAGGGUCGAGUGUGCCGUGAAACAGACAAACUCAUGGGUCAGGCAUCAACAACAGUAGCGCUACGCCAGGAACUGCAGAAGAUCAACACAAUGCCCAUGCUAACGGAUAAGGCCUCUGGUUACGACAAAGUACCGGACCUCGCCACCGAUGCCAGGAAGAAGUACAGCGCCAUCAAAGCACAGCUUGCAGCACAGGACAAAGGGCCUGGCGUAGCGGCAGGAAGCGUGAACACCCUCGGCAAGGAGCUGGUCUUGUCGGCCAUGCAGUCACACGAACGACAAAGCAGCAAGCUGCGAGAGAGGAUAAGUAUGAUGCAGACAGCAGGUGAGGUGAGCAGAGAACAAGUUGAUCAGCUGAUGGAGAGAAUCCGAGAAAAUUCUACAAAGAUGAUGGAGUGGAAGAAUCUCGUGACAACUUGUCCUGAAGCACUCGUCUUCUGCACUCGCCUGUUCUGCAAGAUGGCCGAGUUCUUCAUUGGAAUGAAGGCCUUGCGUCUAGCUCUGCAGAUGAAGACACGUGAUCACUGGGCAAAGAGCAGUUGUGGCAUCAAGCUGCUGGAUCAGCUGGUACCCAUGCCAGGCUUUUCGAUGAUCCUGGAGCACUCGGAAGGCUCGCUAAGCCUGAGUCGCGCGCGCAUUCUCGACAAGGUGAAGAACAUUGCCGCACUGGUGCCACACAUGACGUCCACAGACGAGAUCUGCAUUGGUACAGCACUCGCCGUUGUGCACGCCUACAUCAACCAAAUCAAACAGUUGACGACAGUUGGUGCUGCCAUGCUGGCUGAUGGAGCUUGUAUGCAGAUGCUGGAGUAUCUUAUCCACGACUGUCCGGACCCGAAAGGCACGAUGGUCACUAUUGAAGCUCUUAGCAGAUCUGUCGUGUUUGCACGUCGCGGCAAUGACACGGCUCGCUGGCUCAAGUCCCAUCACUUGCCACUGCACGUCCCUGACCCGCAGCACACGUGGACCAUCAACGGUGUGUUCCGCGAGACUGGUGUCAGAACUCCAGAUGGAAAAAAGCACCGGGGUCGAGACACCAACACCGAUAUCUACGGCUAUCGCAAUGGCUCCUAUCUAGAAGCCAAGGAACUGUGCAUGGCAUUGGCCGGUCAAGAGCACACACUGGGUCCACGACGUGGGAAAAUCCUCCACUCCACCAUGACGCACAAUCUGUUCAAACGUCCCAGUCAGAGGGAGCAGGAGGCCGUGCAGCGGAGACAGGCGGCGCGUUCCCGCUUCCAGGCCGGACUUCGCAGUAAGACCGUGGACGUACCGGGUGUAAGUGCCCGCACCGGGGGAGGAGGAGUGUUCGGGCAGGGCCGCUCCGCGGGAGGCAUCCCGGUCGGAGGCAAGUCACCCACAACCGGUCGUAGGGGUACAGCGGCGGCUGCGAUAGGCAGGCCGGCUUCGUCGCCUCUGACUGCCAAGAAAGCUGGUCUGGGCGGUGGUGACGUGUCACCUGCUGCUGGUGGUCCUGGCGGUGCUGCUGCUGCUGGAGGAAAGGACGUUGGGCAGCUGACGGCCACGAUCGCACAACUGCAAGCAGGCUCCGAGCUGGGCCAGGCGCAGCUCAAGGCUAUGUACGAUCAGAUGUGUGCGCUGAGCGCUCAAGUCGAUCAGCUCAAGGGCCAGGGCCAGUAAGGAGACUUAUCCUGCUAUCUACUGUCGUGGACAUGGAAAUUCGGUCGCACGUCUAGCGGCCCCAGGGCGCUGGCCAUGCAGCCGUGGGUAAGCAGUACACACUUACGCGCUGCAGCUCGCUGGUCGCAUGACUGUUCACUGUUCUUUACGCGCUGAGGCUCAGUGCGGGCGCCGGCCCCGGUCAAUCCACUGGAUUUCCAUGUCCACGACAGUAGUUCGUUUCUUUUCCUGUUCUAUUGGUUUCCUGUUUUCGUCCUCCGCAGUCAAUCCAGCUUUUCUUUUCUCCCCAUGCAACUUACAGUAAUAGCAUGCCUCAAAGAUGUCUUUAGUACAGACAUUUCCUUGCACAAAUAGUCGAGCAGAUAAUAAUUUCUAAUUUCAAUAUUUCGAUUGUCCGCCAUUUUUCAAUUUCAAACUUCAUGUACACUAUUUAGCUCUUGUGACAGGGAAAAUUCCGAAUAUGUACACUUCCUUUUACUGCAUGCGGUACUUAUUUGCAUAGUCAUAUUUUGGAAUGUGAAAAGAGAACAAGGAAUCGA